GAGAUAGUUAGAGAGACAGAGAAUCUGCUGCGAGAAUGGUGAAAUUUUUGAAGCCAAACAAAGCUGUUAUCAUUCUUCAAGGCAAAUAUGCGACCUGCAAAGCUGUGACUGUAAGGGCAUCUGAUGAAGAAAAAAGGGACAGGCCAAAUGACCAUUGUUUGGUUGUAGGUCUCUCAAAGUACCGGGAGAAGGUGAUCCAUAGGAAUGCAGCAAAGAAGCAGGCGAAGAAAUCUUGUAUGAAGGCUUUCAUCAAGCUUGUGAACUACAACCACAUCAUGCCUACUUGUUACACACUUGAUGUGGAUCUGAAGGACGUUUUCAAUGCUGAUGAUAUUCAGGCACUUGACAAAAAGGUGACUGGUGCGAAAGAGGCCAAGGCUAGGCUUGAAGAGAGGCUCAAGACCGGAAAAAAUCGCUGGUUCUUCACUCGAUAA